CCCUCCUUGUCUAUAAAAGUCUACAGAGAAACACAGAGGAAACACGGCAGGGAGCUGAGCUAGACAGCCAUGGACGAGGCAGUCGUUCUCUACCCAUCACCAACAAUCGGGCACUUGAUAUCUUUGGUGGAGCUAGGCAAACGCUUGCUCACCCACCAACCCUCCCUCUCCAUUCACAUACUCAUGCCCACAGAACCAUACAGUGCUGGCAAAAUGGAUACUUACGUAUCCUCCAUCUCUGGCACCUUUCCUUCCAUCAAAUUCCACCAUCUUCCCACUGUCAUCCUCUCUACCACCUCCGCAACCCACCACGAAACCUUCAUUUUUGAGGCCCUCCGUUUGAGUAAACCUUUUGUGCACGAACAACUCCUCUCCAUCUCCAAAAACUAUACCAUUUGUGGAAUUAUUAUAGACUUCCUUGCCACUUCUGCUCUCUCUUUGGCUACAGAAGAACUCAACAUCCCUGCUUAUAUUUACAUCACUUCUUGUGCUUCAUUUCUUGCUUCUUAUCUUUAUCUCCCUACCCUUCAUCAAAAGACUGCCAAAAGUUUCAGAGAUAUAAAAGAGUUCCAUGAUAUUCCAGGUUUGCCACCAAUCCAUGGCACUGACAUGGUCAUGCCAUUUCUUGAUCGUGAAGAUGAUGCCUACAUAAACUUUCUUGAUUUUGCCAUUCAAACACCAGAAGCCAAAGGAAUUAUCAUAAACACUUUUGAACUUUUGGAGUCCAAAGUUAUCAAGACAAUAUCAGAUGGACUCUGUGUGCCUAAUAAUCGCACACCGCCACUUUUCUGUGUCGGUCCAUUGAUUCUAGCUGAAGGGCAAAGAGCAGGAGGUGGAAGCAAGAGUAGUUCUGAUGAUGCUGUGCCUGAUGAGUGUAUAACUUGGCUUGAUUCCCAACCAAGCCAAAGUGUUGUGUUUCUUUGUUUUGGUAGCCUGGGGCUGUUAACCAAGGAGCAAUUAAGGGAGAUAGCUAUUGGGUUGGAAAAAAGUGGCCAAAGGUUCUUGUGGGUGGUUCGUAAUCCACCUGCCAAUGAUCUUAGUGUAGCCAUCAAAGCACAGAGAGAUCCUGAUUUGGAUUCUUUGUUUCCUGAUGGUUUCUUGGAACGCACCAAAGAGAGGGGACUAGUGGUGAAGUUAUGGGCACCUCAAGUAAAAAUUUUGAAUCACAGUUCAAUAGGUGGAUUUGUGACUCAUUGUGGGUGGAAUUCUACACUUGAAGCAGUGUGUGCUGGUGUGCCAAUGGUGGCUUGGCCAUUGUAUGCAGAGCAAAGGCUGAAUAGGGUAGUGUUAGUAGAGGAAAUGAAGCUUGCUUUGUCAAUGAAUGAGUCUGAAGAUGGAUUUGUGAGCGCAGAUGAGGUGGAGACGAAGGUUAGAGGAUUGAUGGAGUCUGAGGAAGGUGAACUGAUUAGGGAGAGAGCUAUUGCUAUGAAGAAUGCAGCCAAGGCUGCAAUGGAUGAAGGUGGUUCUUCGUAUACAGCCUUUUCCAAGCUCAUUGAAUCAUGGAAGCAUGGAAAAUAAAAUUUAAUUAGAACUGAUACAAUAUAUCAGCUGUCAUGACCAUCUAGUUGCUGUAUUGGUUUUCUGGUUUUGCUUGUAGUAUCAUCACUUGUUAUGGUGCUGUUUUGCUUAGCUUUAUUGCUUAAUGAAUAAAAGAAGAAUGUUUACCA